ACAGUCCACCCUGAACUUUAUACCUAGGGCUGCGCCUCCUUUGUGGCGGAUUUCUUGUCUCUGGACCCUUUUGAACCCGCGCUGUUUGACCUGCCCAGGUACCUGUUCUCCCCCACCUCGGUGCUGAGGCGUCAGAGAGCCACAUGUUUUGAAUAUGCCACCGUGCUGUGCAGCAUGCUGCUUGGCGUCAACUACGACGCUUACUGCGUCUGCGGCUAUGCUGUCAAAGAGAUGUGUCUGCUCGACCAGAGCCUGCAGCAGUGUCCCCUGCUGGACACUGAGGUCAAAAGUGUGAUCUCAGAAGAGGGAUCACAGGAGAAUAAAUACUUAGUGAAACCUCAGGAGCUGAAGAGUCACUUUCUGAUUCAGCAAGAAGAGAAGAAACAGGUUGCAGAAGCUGCGUUGCUCCACAAACAAACACUACAGCAGGAGAGUGAGCAGCAACUUGCUGACCCCCUGCGAGGACUUAGGGUGCACUGUUGGGUGCUAGUGCUGUCAGGGUGUCGGAGCGUCCAGGAGAACUUCUUCAUCGACCCUCUGACCGGGAACAGCUACACCACUGACAACGACAACUUCCUUGGCAUCGAGAGCGUGUGGAACAACUUCAACUACUACGUCAACAUGCAGGACUGCAGGAACGGCUGCGUUGAUGUGGUGUAUGACCUGGAAGAUUUAAAGGUGUGGGAGCCAGUCCUGUACGGCGCAAUAAGUAAAAAGCAGGUGAUGUUAGAGGUCUUGAAGAAAAAGGAGAGGAAGAUGAUGAGAAAAUUCAGCAAUGAUGAGGAGGAAGAUGAGCAGCCACUAGCUUUUGACAUGCCACGAUCCUGGGUCGAUUACAUCACAAUCCAAAAAAAAGACCUGGAGACCCGCUGGCCAGGAGGACAGAAGGUGACCCACUACAGAAAAGCACAGCUGGAGAAGUUUGCACCUUACCUUCGGCCAGACGGCCUGAACACAAGACUGACUACUUACAAAGACCUGGACUGCACAGAGGUCGUCAUGGUGAAGGAGUGGUAUCAACACAGAAACGACUACCUGGAGGAGAGGGAGGUCAACAAAGCCAACAACUUUACCACAGAACGCUUCAAACAUGGAAAACGUUUCCACCUUUUAUUUCACAGGUACACCUCCCUGAGCACAGACAAAAAGCAUGAGAUGGAGUUCAGCAGUCCUCGUGUUGACCAUCUGGUGCGGAGGGUGGAGUCACCAUGUGAAAUGAAGGAGUUCUUUGAGGGCCGGAGGGACUUUCUCUACAGCCGGCGCGUUCAGUUUUCAGAACCAGAUUUGGACAGUGAUCCGGAUGACCAACCGCUGGAGAAGGUGGUGGAGUGUUUCCACAGGAACAGAUCCAAACCGGCAAACGAAGACGUGGCCCAGCGAGUGUUCCUAUUGGCUCAAAGACGGAUUGAGCUGACCUAUCACUUAGAGGAUCACCGAUUUAUCCCUUCAAAGAGGAGCUUCAUCAAACCGCAAGAGUCAACAGAAAAAAAGAAGGGCGAGGACUUCACAUCUGACAUGGAAUCCAGCUUUCAGGUGGAUCCAUCUGAGAAGCCUCUUAAGACCCUGGCUCUGAAUGAUAUGCUGGUGGCUCUGAUGAAGGAUGAAGAGAAGGUGGUUUGCCAAAUCAAAGAGUCUAAGCAAGAGGUGAGAGACAUUGUGGCCUGCAGAGAACAGGAAGAGAGAGAUGUUCAGCUUGAGUUCUCCCCAUGGACAACAACCGGAGCUGCCAUGGCCCGCGGACAGAGACAGGAAAUGGAGCAUCUGGCCGCCGAGGAGCAGAGGUGGUUGCAGGAGAAGGAGAAGGAUAUCCUGGCUCCCUUCCUUAUCCGGCUGGACAACGCAGAGACUCUGAGCGCCGAAGACGCCAAGCAUAUCCACCAGGACUGUUUGGCCGAGUUUAAACAGAGACUGGCAGAGCACGCCAACCUCAUUCAGGAACGCUAUGAAAAGCAGACUCAAGAGCUGCAGAGCAAACAGGAGUGGUACCAAAAGAACCAGCUCAACAUGACCAAACCACAGGAGGAAGAGUACCUGACCUACUGCCAUGAGAAAACACUACAAAUAUGUGUGGCCAAGAAACGCCUCAGCAUGCACAAGGAAGCAGCUCCUCAGAAGUACUGGACUCUUGAUCAGAAGCUGAGAAGCGACCCUCGGCUGGCCCCUCAUCUGCUCACUUUUUAAAAGCUACCACACACAUUUACAUAUAAAUAUAUAUAUAUAUAUAUAUAUAUAUAUAUAUAUAUAUAUAUAUAUAGUGUUUCAUUAUAAUACAGUCCUUAUAAUACAAUCCCUCUGUGCUGGAUGAAUCUGCACCAGACUAAAUCACAGUGGAGCUACAAAGCAGAUUUAAGAUAUUUAUAUAUUUGUAAACUGGAGAAUAUAAUAUUAUCUCUAUUAUCUAUACCCCAGACAGAGCCUUUAGAACAGCUAGAUACAUUUUAAAUAAUAAAGUACAAAAACAGAGUGAAGAGAAUCAGUCCAACAAUAAACCUCAGUGAAUAAUAUGUUUGUACCAGCUUGCAUCCAUGAAAGACAAUCUGAUCCUUUUCCUUUUUAGUAUGACUACUAGUAUUUAAAAAGGGACCUCUCAGAUUUCUUGAAUUCUUUCUGACUUUGUUCUGUUUUUUCUGUCUUUUGUUGGUCUGUUCUUCCAACACCUCGAAAGCAACAGUUGGAUUUAGUAAGAGUACAUGUUGACAGCUCACGCUUCAAUCACAAGACUCCAUAUCCAGCUAAAAAAUGACUUCAUAAAUAUACAACACCUGCUACAAUGGCAAAUGCUUAAAAGACAGGAGAACAGUACUGGUC